CAAAUUUUAAGCAGCCUAUCUUAACAAUCCCUUCCGUGCCGCACAUUCCAACAUGUCUCUCCGUACGAUCACUUCUCCAGUUUUCCGUCGCUUCCUGGAGGCGAACAACCGUAAGCUGCUCCAGCAACGCUCGGCCUCGACUCGCGAUCCUUACUCGGAUCCUCGCGGGUUCACGCUCACCGAUAUGAAGAAGAACCCUGCCGUUCUACCCCUGGUCAUCAUCAUGACGGUAGCGGUUGUGGGCUGCUCCAGUUUCAUGAUCUACUGCGGUCGUACCCGAACCGACGUGAGCCUGAACAAAAAGGUCUUCGAGCAUGACACGAUGGACGUUAUGAACCCGAAGCAGAGAAAGAUUCUUGUCUACAACCAGAAGUACGGUGCCAAUCCGGAGCUGAACGAGGCCCUCGGCUACCGCGAGGAGUACAACAAGUUGGCCGAGAACUGAGAACCAGCGGGCAGGAAGCGGUAGACCGGAAGCUAGAUGACGGACGCGGGGACCCCCAUUGGUCAUCAUCCCACGGGACAGGAUGAGCUUUUGCAGGACGCAGUGGCGAUAAAUAAAAUAUAUUAACCAUUCCCAAGAUGGUGAAUCAAGAGUUACCUAAAUAACCACAGUUUAAACGGUAGUAUUAUUAGACCAAUCACGUUCGUGAAUGUUCAAUAUUAAGAACUCCAGUUCCAUUACU